AUGAGCCUGGCCCUGACGGCGGGGGCAGUGGGCCACGCGGGCCGCCCACCUGCCGCGCCCUGCCCCCGAAGCACCGAGGCUGCCCCGACCGACCCCGACGACCUGUCAGACUUCGAUGACUUUUCCGACGAAGCGGACGAGGAGCUGGAGCCGACCGGAGCGCAAGCGCAGACGAGCCUCAGGCCGGGGCGGAACCGUGAGCGCGUCGAGGAGCUGGUCCGGACGGAGAAAGACUACAUCGGCGACCUGGAGGUGCUCCUGCGGGUCAUCAACGAGACCAUCUCCUCGUCCGGCUGGGGCGAGGGCGCCGGCCUCCAUCUGCGGCCGCUCCUUGGCAAUGUCGUUCAGGUGAUGAGCGCAGCCAAGAGGUUCCUGGCUGACCUGGAGGCCGCCCUCUGCAACUCGGAGGAGGACAUGCAGGUCGGGCGCGUGUUCCUGCAGCACGCGAACGACUUGUGCGAGGUCUACAAAGUUUAUUGCUCCAACUACAACGUGGAGGUCAUCCCUUUGCUCAAAAAGUACGAGGGCGAGGAGGACGCCCAGUUGGCGCUCAAAACGGUGACGGAGGAACUGCGGAGAAACAAAGCGCAUCUCAUCGAUGUCAACAGUGUUCUCAUCAAGCCUGUGCAGCGCGUCCUCAAGUACCCACUCUACCUGAACGAGCUCCUGAGAGGAACCCCCGCCCACCAUCGCGACCAGAAGAAUCUCGAAGCCGCCCAAGGUCGCAUCAACGAGGCAGCGAGAGAAAUCAAUGAGUACACCCGCGCUAUUGAUCUGGUGCACAAAUACAGGGCCGAUACGGACCAUUCGCUUCAAGGCAAAAUGAAGCGAGUUAACUUCCACUCCAUCGUCAAGAAAAGCAACAGAAUGUCGACUUACGUGUCUCAGAAACUAGGAAUUAUGAACCAGACGACGAGUUCGAAGUUUAUCGCGGAAGAGGCGAGGUUCCGCAGCGUCCAGAAAGGCGCUCGGGCUUUGGCGGAACACGUGAGCAACGUAGUAGAUGCCGUCAGGGCAAGGCACGCGGCCGAGCUCCUCAUCGCCGAGGCGCUGGAGGAUAUCUUCCCGUGGGCGCUCGAGGCCCCCAAAGUCAAGGAAGUGACACUGGACACAUGCAAUAGGCUCCUGCAGCAGUUUGACCACGAGAUCGAGGAGCGAGUGCUGGUUCCCGUGCGGACGGUGGAAGCCCUGUGCGAGGCGCCCGACCGCCUCCUCGCCAAGACGCAGGACAAGCUCCUGGACUUCGACGCCGCUCAGAGUCGCCUCCAGGCGACCAAGGACUCCGCCAAGGUUGCCGCGGUGAGUCCCUUGGUGUGGCUAAAGGCCAGAGCCCUGGAGGAGGAGGAGGCGCAGGCCCGUGAGACGUACGGGGCGCUGCACCGUCAGCUACUGGCCGAGCUCCCCGAGCUCAACGACCGCGCCGUCAUCGUGCUGGAGAUCGCCACGCGCUCGCUGGUCGCCGCGAGGCUCUACUUCCAGGGCCACCUCGCCAAGCUCUACCUGCAGCUCACUGCGGAGACCUCUGGGCCUUUUGGGGUUCGCCUUUUGCAAAAGCACAAAAAACCGCCCCCAGGACUCAAGGGAAAUCAGAUAGGUAGCAAUAUCAUCAGCAAAAAAAGUCUGAGCCCUUUGAUUUUCCCCAGUUUUGCCCCACCAGAUUUUGGCUAG